GUGCUUGGACGGGAAGUUUACACCUCCAACAACCAGCUGGGGGGGAUCCAGAUAAUGCACAACAACGGAGUGACACACGGCACUGUCUGUGAUGAUUUUGAAGGAGUCUACACCAUUCUGCAGUGGCUUUCCUACAUGCCAAAGAGUGUAUACAGCCCUGUUCCUAUCCUCAAAGUCAAGGACCCUAUAGACAGAACCAUAGACUUUGUUCCUACCAAGACUCCCUAUGAUCCUCGCUGGAUGCUGGCUGGACGCCCAAAUCCAAGUCAAAAAGGACAGUGGCUAAGUGGUUUCUUUGACAAUGGCUCGUUCCUGGAGAUCAUGCAGCCCUGGGCACAGACGGUUGUGGUUGGUAGAGCAAGGCUGGGAGGAAUACCUGUAGGAGUAGUUGCCGUAGAAACGAGAACGGUGGAGCUCAGCAUCCCUGCUGAUCCUGCAAACUUGGACUCUGAGGCCAAGAUAAUCCAGCAGGCUGGUCAGGUGUGGUUCCCUGACUCUGCCUUUAAGACUGCGCAGGCUAUCAAUGACUUUAACAGAGAAGGGCUGCCUCUGAUGGUCUUUGCUAACUGGAGAGGCUUCUCUGGUGGAAUGAAAGACAUGUACGACCAAGUGCUCAAGUUCGGUGCCUACAUCGUGGACGGCCUGAGGGAGUACCGUCAGCCUGUGCUUAUUUACAUCCCGCCGCAAGCGGAGCUGAGAGGAGGAUCCUGGGCUGUGAUUGACCCUACCAUUAAUCCCCGUCACAUGGAGAUGUACGCAGACCGAGAAAGCAGAGGAGGAAUCCUGGAACCAGAGGGGACGGUAGAAAUCAAAUUCCGCAGGAAGGAUCUAGUGAAGACGAUGAGGCGAGUGGACCCCGUCUACAUCCGCCUGGCAGAGCGGCUAGGUACCCCGGAGCUGAGCCCCGCCGACCGAAAGGAGCUGGAGACCAAGCUAAAGGAGCGGGAAGAAUUCCUGAUCCCCAUUUACCACCAGGUAGCCAUGCAGUUUGCCGACCUGCACGACACACCCGGCCGGAUGCAGGAGAAGGGGGCCAUAACUGACAUUCUAGACUGGAAAACUUCCCGCACCUUCUUCUACUGGAGAUUAAGACGCCUUCUUCUAGAAGACGUGGUCAAAAAGAAGAUCCAUGAUGCCAAUCCUGAGCUGACUGAUGGGCAGAUCCAGGCUAUGCUGAGGCGCUGGUUUGUGGAAGUUGAAGGGACAGUGAAGGCGUAUUUAUGGGACAGUAAUAAGGACCUGGUGGAGUGGCUGGAAAAGCAGCUCAUGGAAGAAGAAGGUGUCCGCUCAGUGGUGGAUGAAAACAUCAAAUAUAUCUCGAGGGACUACAUCCUCAAGCAGAUACGGAGCCUGGUCCAGGCCAAUCCGGAGGUUGCCAUGGAUUCGAUAGUGCACAUGACCCAGCAUAUAUCACCCACCCAGCGAGCCGAGAUCGUGCGGAUCCUCUCCACAAUGGACUCGCCUUCCUCAACGUAAGAGCAUCGAUUUCCCACACUCCCCCCUGCCCGGUACAGUGGAGGAAAAAAAAAAA